AUGGAAGAGGGUGGGAAUGGCAUGAAUGUGAGCCAUGAGAGCAGCAGAAGAGAAAACUUUGUGCCAAAAGAUGUUGAAUCGGCAGCGAGAAGUGAAAUGUCAUCUGGGUCUUGGAGGCUCAGUGUGCAUGAGUUCCCAGCACUGGCUGAAAGAAGAGAUAGGGAGCAUGGUUUCUUCACUUUCCGCACCCUUCUUCAUGCCCCAUGGUCCUAUUACUUGGUUGAUUUGGGGUACCCCAUUGGUGCAUUGUUUCUUCCACCACACAAGACCACCCGAUAUCAUGCUCAGGAAUUUAGGAGGAGCCAUAGGCAACCGGCAUCAGGGAAAGAGUUGUUUAACUAUAGACACUCUUCAUUGCGCAUGGUAAUUGAGAGGAGCUUUGGAGUCCUUAAGGCUCGCUUUCCCAUUUUGAGUUGUAUGGCAAACUAUAAGGAAUCUUGGAAAUGUUUGGUUGUUUCUGCUUGUUGUGCAUUGCACAAUUUUAUACGUAUCAAUAAUCGUAGAGAUGAAAUGUUUAACUCAUGGGAGAACCUUGACAUUAAUAGAGAUGAUGUACAAGCUAGGAACAAUGGGAAUUCUCCUGAGUCAAGUGCAAGUGCUGAAAGGAGGCAUGUGAGGGAGAUGUCUGAUGCGGCGAAGAGGGCAAUGGGUGAGUUUAGGGAUGAUGUGACUGCUUGCAUGUGGGAGGAGUACGCACGAUGA